CCUGUCGGAUCGCUUCGUCACACUUUUAAAGCACUUCUGGACGAGAAAGUAACUUAAUUUUACCACGUAAAUUUUAAACUACUCCGAAUGAUCUUGAAAAGCACUUGAAAAUUGUAUUUCACUGGAAUUUCACGAAAAAACUUGGAAAUUGUUGAGUUUAUUCGGGAGUUGUGAAAGUACUUGUUGCAACGAAAAAUGGGGUUAUGUUGUUUUCCUCAGCAUUCCUAACCUCAAAAUCCCAAAUAUCAGUGGACAACUUGACAGCAGAAUUGACAUUUUAUUGACAAUUGUCAACAAUAAUUGUCAUGUCAAAAUAAAGGGAAAUAAUAUAAUGAGAAUUCAAAUAUCCAAUAAAAAUUAGCAAUUAAAGACGAGUCAAGAAUUAAAUAAACUUUCUUAUAUCGUUUCCUGAAGAGAAAUAUUUAAAAAAAUGGCAGAGAGCGCAAAUAAUCCAUAUGAUAUUAAUGGACAAAAUUUCAAUGCUGAUAUGUAUUUUCAAAAGCUAUUAAAGGAAUGUACACUGAAGCAAAUUAUGGAUCACGAAGCUGAGAUUAUAAAAAAUACCCAGAUUUUACAUUCAGAUAUGCAGACUUUGGUAUAUGAAAAUUAUAAUAAAUUCAUAUCUGCUACCGAUACUAUUCGUAAGAUGAAAGCAGACUUUAAGGAAAUGGAGGAUAGCAUGGAUCUUUUGGCAACAAAUAUGGACAGCAUCACUUCUUUCUCAGAGCAAAUCUCUUCAACUUUACAUGGAACGAGACAACAAAUUGCUAAGUUAUCUUCUGUCCAUACUCUGUUAAAGAAAUUGCAGUUUCUGUUUAAACUGCCUGGUAAUCUCAAGGAUAGAAUAAAUGAAGAAAAUUAUAAACAAGCAGUUAAGGAUUACGUUCAUGCACAAAGAGUUUUACAUCAAUAUAGUAAUAUGCCAUCCUUCCGAGGCAUUCAGAAAGAUUGCGAAGACAUUUUAGAGGAACUAAAAUCCAAACUCAGAUUACAAUUUCAGAAGAGAGACACCUCCAUUAAGGCUUUAGCCGAAAAUGUUGAGCUUUUAUUACAGUUAAAAGAGCCAGCUGAUUCUUUAUGCGUUGAAUUUUUGACGCACACAGAAGGAAGAUUAACAGAGCAAUUAGAAAUCCUGAAGGAUAUGUGCGAAAACGACAUUAUAGAGUUUAUGGACAUGGCUUCUUCGGGAUUUCUUAGUGAUUUGUGUCUGAUUGUGGCCUCCUAUAACGAUAUGUUCAUAAAUCGAUUACUGGACGAUAAUGAUUUGGUUGAUGAUUUUGAAACUAAAGCUACGAAUCAUUUGAAUAAGUUUAUUGUGAGCAAUAUGAAGAAAUAUUUUGACCUAGUGGGCAAACGAGUAGAAGAUGUCAGCGAUACAGCACUUUUGGUGAGAGCUCUUGACAGAUUUCAUCGCAGGCUGCAGGCGAUGAAUAUAUCAUGCAAGGAAAAGGACUUUGCCAGAAUUGGGACCGAUAUUGUUAUGAAUGCUGGCCGAAAGCAAUGUCGCAAUCAUUUACACAGUCUGAAACAACACUUGAGCGAGACUUUAGCAAAAGUGAGGCAGACAUUAGCUACUAAACUUACACAGAAUAGUGAUGGGAACUUAGCGGAACUUCAAGCAAUGCUCACCAUGCCUAUCAUUGAAAAAAUUAAGGGAGUUCUGCAGGAUUUAUCGGUAUUUUUACAACUGGAUUUGUCGUUCAGUUUAAAGACCCAGUUUCUGGAAAGUUUUUGUGUGGAUGAAGUGAGAGAAGGAUUAGUGAUCGGCUUUUUACAUCAUCUCACAGCUACAGCAGCUGGAUUCUGCAAUGGAUCUGAUGUUCCAAAAUUUCCACCGACCUUAUUACUUUUGCUUAGCAAAAUGUGCAUCGACUAUAAAGAAAACAACGUUCGCUAUCUGCUGAUGACCACCGACGAGCGUUUCAGUAUUGAUCAAUAUGCGACUUCAGAAAACAUAACUUCCGGGUCAGAAAUGUGCAAUCACUUUCAGGAAGCUGCUCAGAAUCUCCUGAAUCAUUAUGUGCGAAUUCAAGGACUGGCGGUUUCUCAAAUGUUGAGGAAAUCCGUAGAAACCAGGGAUUGGUUGCACACAAUUGAACCUAGAACCGUGAGGGCCGUGAUGAAAAGAGUCGUCGAAGAUGUAACAGCUAUUGAUUCCCAAGUUGCUGCUCUAUACGAUGACAAUGAUGGUCAAAUAGAUAGAAGUAGCGACAGCAGUAGGAAGACUCAUAGCAUUAGUGUCUCCAGACAUCACUACAGAUCAAACUGGUCGUCCUAUACACCCAGUCACAUCGAUUCUUCUCUGGUAUCGAAUAUUCAUAAAUUAUUCUCUGAACGGAUCGAGAUUUUUUCGUCCGUGCAAUUCAACAAGGCGUCUAUUCUAACAGGAAUCAUCAAAAUAAGCUUAAAAACUUUCUUGGAAUGCGUGAGAUUGCGAACGUUCAGCAAAUAUGGCUUGCAACAAAUCCAGGUGGACACUCAUUAUCUGCAGCUUUAUCUGUGGAGAUUCGUGUCGGAUGAAAACGUGGUUCAUUUUCUGUUGGAUGAAAUUCUGGGUAGCGCAGUGCACAGAUGUCUGGAACCAGUUUUGAUGGAGCCCAGCGUGGUGGAUAUUAUUUGUGAAAGGGGCUGAAUUACAUUAUAAUGUCGUAAAUAAUAACAUAUAUAUAGAUAUAUAAAAUU